GCCUACUUCUCUGGGAUUCCAAUGUAUACUGGAGACAGCUAAUACAUCUAGCUUCAUGGACCGAAGAACUAAUGGAUUCUUGAACUUUCCGUUGGUAGACAGCCAUUGUUGGACUAGCUGAACCAAGCCUUCCCCUCCACACAGGCAAGUCUCGCAAGAAUCAGUGUCAACUAGCAAACAGUGUCCUGAGAGCAGAGUUCAGACAAGGCUUGCUGAAAACCCGCUCUUAACUCUGAAGAACCCAGCUGAAAGGAGUAUGCUCUGGUGUGCACACACAUGUAUGCACAGGAGGGACUUUUUAAAAUAUGUGAGCAAAAGAAAUCGAUCUACAGGGUAACAUUCACACACAAAAAAGAAACAGUAUGGGACCAUGGCUUGCUACUUCAAGUGACUCUGUUUUGGACAUUACGGACAAGAAACCUCGGAGGAAGAACAGCGUAAAAGAUCAAAAGCAUGACAACUCCUGAUGAAAACAUCUCCAAAUGAUGAACCCACGAGUGAAGAGGAACUUCUACCUGGCGGCCCCUGACUUGCUGGAUCCCAAGUCUGCCGCUCAGAACUCCAAACCGAGGCUGUCCUUCUCCGCAAAACCCACCGUGCUUGCUUCCCGGGUGGAGACUGACACGGCCAUUAAUGUUAUGAAAUGGAAGACAGUCUCCACGAUUUUCCUGGUGGUCGUCCUCUACCUGAUCAUCGGAGCCACUGUGUUCAAGGCACUGGAGCAGCCUCAGGAGAUCUCCCAGAGGACCACCAUCGUGAUCCAGAAACAGACCUUCAUAGCCCAGCACGCCUGCGUCAACUCCACCGAGCUGGACGAUCUCAUUCAGCAAAUAGUGGCAGCAAUAAAUGCAGGGAUUAUCCCCUUAGGAAACAGCUCCAAUCAAGUUAGUCACUGGGACCUCGGAAGCUCUUUCUUCUUUGCUGGUACUGUUAUCACAACCAUAGGUAGGAGACAACUCGCUUUCUGUUUUCUGUUUUGGUAUGGUGUGUGAUCUGACGUUCAUCUG